GUAUAAAAAUGCCUCCUGAUAUAUGAAAGUAGCAAUUGUGGAGGAAUCUGCCAAAAUGAAAGGUCUUCUCCUUGUUUUCGCUGUCUUAGCAACCAGUUGCUAUGCUUCUGUGAUUGAUAAGCAGUUUUCCGAUAAAAUUAGACAAGGAUGGGAGAACUGUAAGAAUUUAGUCGACGAUGCAACAUACACCAAAUUAACAAAAAAGUGGGAGCCUGCCACAACAUAUAAUGAAAAAUGCUUUAAAAAAUGCACCUCAGAACAGAUGGGAUAUAUGACCGGAAAUACCGUGAAUAAGCAAACACUAUUGGAGGCUAAUCCGCAUCAAUGGCCCGACACUCAGGAGCUCCCACUGGCCAAUGAAAUGAUAAAUGAAUGCUACGACGAAACUGUCGGAAAACAAACUGACCCAUGCUUGACGGCAGGUGAUUUUUGCGAUUGUAUGAGAAAGAAGAUCACAGAAAAAAAGCUUUCGUUCCCACAAAUGUACCCAGAGGCCUAAGCUGUAUUUUUAAUUAUUAUUUUUCACUGUUUGCCCAUCUAGUGACAUUUAAUAAAGUCUUUGUGUUUCAUUGCAAA